UGGCGGAGUGCAUUUAAAACGUUGGUAUGCGACCCGCCAUUCACGGAAGAAGACGAGUUGCGGUUGUGUUAGUGGCUUGUAGUGGACGGUACUCUAGUAAUAAUAUUCUACUUUUUGUAAUAUUUCGCUGAGGUCGAAAGCAUGUCGCAGCCUUGUGAGAUAAACAUGACAGGAAUGCGAAGCGCAGAUAGCAUGUGGUCCGCUGCUGACGUCUGGAUCAAGAAGCCACAUGUAGUAAAUAAGAGACUGUGUGGCGUAACAGAGACGGAGUACAGGGACGUGGACACUGCGGAAUUAAUUCAGGUUUUAUUUUCUCUUCUGGGGACCAAUAUUAAGAUUGCUGAUAUUUCUAUGUUUCUUCACGCUGAUAUUGUGGAUAAGGAACAUGAAACUGCAGGACGCUGGUGUGUCGGAGUCAGAACUAUUAUUCCCAAAGUGAACAAGACAGUUGAGUGUCUAUACAAAGAAGUUAUCAUAAAAGAUAAUGUUGGGCAUACAGUGACAUUUAUCCCAUUUGAAGAGACUGGCGUGGAACAGGUUAUUGUCAAGAGCAGUAACAUUUAUCAGAUCCAGCUGCAGUUAAAGCCAGAGGAAUGGAUGUUUUCUCUUCACGCUCUGAUGCCUGAGCAGUGGUGCAGUGAUGGAGUAGCUUACCCUAAACUCUCCUGGCUCUGUACUAAGCUCUUGCCUAAACUAUCACGCUGGGCUCUGGAGAGCAAGACCAGUGAGUUUAAGAGUACCCUUUCUCUCAUACCUGUGGAGAAAUAUGGUAUCCUCUACCAGCAGCUGAAAGAAAAAUACAAAGAGUUAGUAAAGGUAUGGCCUGAAGUUACUGAUCCAGAGAAGUUUGUCUUUGAAGAUGUUGCUAUUGCUUCAUAUCUGUUGGUCUUAUGGGGUGAAGAGCGUGCUGAAAAGGGAACAACAACCAAACAGUCCUUUGUGGAUCUUGGCUGUGGAAAUGGCCUCCUGGUUCACAUAUUAAACAAUGAAGGGCAUCCUGGAAAGGGCAUGGACAUUCGCAAAAGAAAUAUCUGGGACAUGUAUGGGCCUGGUACUCAUCUAGAGGUAAGAUGUAAUUGAGACAUUGGACAGUGUCUUAAAGGCGUAAGGCUUUUUAUUUUUUUUUUGCUGUCUACUUUUAAAUGUGUACUAGUAGGUAGAUAGUAUUGAUUAAUUUAUUUUAAUCUUCUUUUUUGAUUAACCAAUAUUGAUUCCUAAAUCCCAAGAAUCAAUCCCAAGAGGGGGAACACUAUAAUAUUUAUCUUUUUCAUGAUUACUGCAAGCAAUGUUCCCUCUAAUUUUUUAUGAACUUUUUUUCUUCCUGAGCAAAACUUCUUUCUUUUGGCUGAAUAUUCUGGCCAGCUGAGGAGAAACAUUCUUUAGACUAGACCCCUAAAGCGUACACACAAAAAGUGUUUACAUCAUGCAGUUGUAACUUGAAAUUUUAACGAGCU